AUGGCGAAGCAGAAACCGAGCGCGGCGGCCCACAAUGCCCCGGGGGCGCCUCCGCGCCAGCCAAUCCGAGAGCGGCAUGGGAAGGCGGGGCCGACGGCGCUUCCGCCACAGGGCGACGCCCCGCCCCGGAGACGGGGCCCCGCCCACAGCCACGCCCAGUUUCGGGACGCGUCCAACCAGGGGACAGCUGCGGGGAUCGCGCUCUCUCACCGGAGCCCUGCAUCCUUAGUCCUGCCAGGCCAGGAGGAAUCCCCUGGGGAUUUUGCUAAGAUGCAGACAGUGUCAUCGCAGACAGGCCAUGCCCUGGCCGCAACUACCCUAGCGUCCUUGCUCAUGCGGUCCCCUGGUUGCAGUGCUCCUCUCCUGUCUCCUAGUGAAAUGCUGUCACACCGUCAAGGCCUACCUCAAGCUCUCUUUGUUUCAUCAAACUCUUACAACGAAAAUCAAUGGGACUGCCAAAAAACACGGGAUACGGUGCUCACAGAAAUUUCUCGAGGAGCAUUCCAUGUGCCAACUGCUGCAGCUCAAAUCUUACCGGCCCUGAUGGGAAAGACCUACCUGGAUGUUAACAAAGACUCUUUUUGUGUCUAUGGCUCAGAUCCCCUCCACAUCUCCACUCUGGAGCCUGUAUCGGUGACGCCCACUGUCUCACCCUCUCAAAUCCAAGUAAAUUACUCUGUGGUAAUCAAUAAUGGAAAAGAUCACAUUGUGGUCUCUGUGCCAAAUGGUUCUGUUUUCCUAAAUGUGAUGGAACAAGCUCAGAAAGAAAAUGCAACUCUAUUUAGUUUCACAGCAGAGGAGAGCCCAUGGGGCCCCUACAUCACCAGCGUUCAGGGCAUAAAGGCCAACAACAAUGACAGGACCUACUGGAAGCUCCUGAGCAAUGGCGAGCCCCUGAGCCAAGGAGUUGGUAGUUACGUUGUCCAUCAAGGAGAUCAUCUGGAAGUUCGCUGGAGCACAUACUAACAAAUUCAGACCUUCCUUAGCUGCGUCGAAUUCUUUUGCAGUAGACUUGCAGGCAGACAUUGGCCUCAUGCCUUCCUUUUCACUCAUCUCAAUUUCAACAGGAGGGUCAAAAACCUCCCCUUCUUUCUUUGUGUGUUCAAUAAAAGAUCAACAACAAUAUAAAAAGA